AUGAAGCUAAUCGAUGUCCAUAGACAAAUAUGUAACAAAUGGGCAGCCAUUGCAAGGGAAAUGCCAGGAAGGACUGAAAACACCAUAAAAAACCAUUGGAAUGAAACAAAAAGGCGACGAUUCAGCAAGCGUAAAGGUCAGUACAGCUCUCUCUUGCAGGACUACAUCAAGAGCUUGCUUUCAGAUUCAACUGUCACUGACGGUCAAGAAAGCCCAUCAAUCAAUUCUAACUUGCGAAUCGUUGAUAAUACCGACUUGGAAGAAGACAAUAAAGAUCAGAAAGACCCAACUUCUAAUUCGGAUAAGGCAGUAGAUUAUCAAAUUUAUGAGAAAAUGGCUGUUGAAAAAGAUGAUUUUGGAUCGAUGCUCAAUGAGAGCAAUAAAGCAGAGUUGGAGAUGGAGAUGGAGAUGGAGAUAAUGCCAGCUGAGUUAAUGGAUAAGGAGAUGAGCUUUGACAUUAAUAAUAAGGAUAUGAAGUUGUUGGAGAUGCUCUGUCAAGGAAUCUUCUGA